AUGGAUGCCGAAUGGAUUCGGGUGAACCUGGGACCCUUUUCCCGCUUCUUGACGCUCGCUGACUUUCGGUUCUUUAACAUUUCUUUGGAAGGUAUAUUGGAGUCUUCUUCUCCAGAACAGAAAGCUGAAUUCAUUCUUCAGUCCAUAUCUAAUGAGACUGUGGUGACUCUGGUCUUCAAGACGCUCACUAAUUCGUCAUCUUUAGAAAACCUCGCCUCUUUCUUUCAUUCCUUCGUGAUCGGCGCUGCGAAGCGAAACCUGACCUCUCUCAGUACAGACGUGCGCCACAUCCUCCUGAAUAUGACGCUAACAGCACUGGAGCCCAAAUUCUACCUUCUGAUGACAGAAGGGUUUCAGCUAUGGUUCCAGAAUUACCUUCCUCUCUUCCUCCCAAGUGCUGACUCUAGAACCUUCGAGGUCAUUCCCAGGAACAUCACCUGUAGCUCCUAUCAAGAGAUUGUCAAAGGGUUUGACAACAUAAUCGGUCAGCUCUCAGAGGAACAGAAUCAGCUGGUGCUGAAUUUUACCCUGGACUAUCUCGAAGGACAGAAGUCCUCAGGUCUCUCGUGUGUCGAGUCCGGUAACGUCACUGACGACAGAAGCUGGCUGCUUCUCAAUUUUGGACAAUUCCGCUUUAAUGCAUCGAUCAAGGAUUUUCUGACCGUCAACAUCAACUUUAAAGCA